AUGUCUAAAGUAAAUUAUAUGGUCUACGAACCCUCAGAUGCUUUGCUAUCCUCAGACCUUUUAUCACCUUCAAUGAUUAUACAAUUUUCAGAUGCUACAAAUACUUUAUUAUCUAAAACCUCACCACAAACUCCUCAAGAAUUAGAACAUUUAUUAAAUACACCAAACAAGCAUUCAAUAAAGAAUAAAGAACUUUGGGAUUACACUCAAAACAAUUCCGUUAUAUGUGCAUUUGCAUUAACAGCCAAAGAACUGGAAACAGAAAUUGGCACAGAACUCACAAAAGAACUGUCUUCUAUGCGUGAUAGACAUCCUGUUGAAUCUGGUGAAAACUUCAAGAAUGCGGUUAGAAAUAAGAAUUAUAAAGAUAUAGAUGAAGGUUUCCGUCUAUAUUGUGAGAAAGUUCUUACUGACUUUUAUUAUCUUGUAGAUGUUAUUCCUACUCUUGAUAGAAAAAUGAGCAAGGAAAAGCAUAUAGUUUAUCAAGUAUCAGCACUAUUCAAAUUUUAUGAGAAGACGCUUCUAACCUUGGAUAUUGAUUGGAUUGAGCCUUACUCCCAUCCGGUAAUACUGAUGAAGUUAGAAUCAAAUUCUGGCAUUGUUCUAGUGGACGCAAAGGCGACAAGGUUUUCCGAUAGGCUUGACGUUUGGCAUUUAGAAGUCGCAUGUCCUCCCUAUAAUGCACCCAAUAAACAUAUUCUAGGUGAUUCAAAGAAAACAUUUCAAACAGAUGUCCUAAAUCUAAUUACAAUCUUGCGGGAACAUCUUGAUUGUGAUAUCAACCUUGCCACAAGGAUAAAGGUCUUCAAUUUUCGAUUAACGCUAUAUUCAUUAAAUAUUCUUCCUAAUGGACGUUUUCUGUCAUGUGAACUUGCCACUGCCGUCAUGCCCUUCAGUUCUAACGGACGGCAUCAAUAUAAAUCAGUUCUCAGAAUGAUGUCUAUAUUUCAUGAUGAAUUAACUAAGCAGGAUGAAUUAACUAAGCAGGAAGAAUUAACUAAGCAGGAAGAAUUGUUAAAAGAAAUCAACGAGUCAAUACUUCGUUCUAAAAAUGUUACA